AACUAAAAAAAAAUUUAUGAAAAAUUCUAAAAUUAUAAUUGCCGGCAUAAACGUUGACUUAGUGAUUAGUUAAAGUCGCGAAACGAAUGACAAAUGUCUUCAUUUUAAAGUAUUCCUAUCGAUUGCAAGCUUGAAAUUGUAAUAAUAACAGCAACAGCAAUAGCAGCAACAAACCUAUUACAAAUUAACCGAAAUUGUUCGCAGGAUUUUCCUCGAAUCUAUAAAAAGCGCACAAUGGAGAUCACCACCAAAGAAAUGGAGGCCCACUCCAAUUCUAUAUCUGAUAUUAAAGUGGACGCAUCAUUUCGUAAGAUACCGAAAAAUGCCAUUUGUUUUCACGUUUGGAAAAUCGAUGAAGAUCGCUUAGAGGCGGAACCCAAAUCACAAUAUGGCAUAUUUAUCGAUGACUGCGCCUACAUUAUAUAUGCAGCCAGUCCAGUAGGCGGUUAUGUGAAUCAACACACCAUAACACGCGAAGUAAAAUCCAGCAGUAGUGUGGAACGCUUCAUACAUUUUUGGCUCGGCGAACAUGUUUCCGAACAGAAACGUUCAAAUGUGGCUCAUAAAAUUCAAGAGCUGGACUCUUAUUUUAGUAACACAGCCACGGAAUAUCGAGAAACACAAGCCAACGAAAGUCCACGAUUUCUGUCCUACUUCAAGGCGGGCUUAACCAUAAAAUCGGGCCUUCUGUUGAAUUCGCCGGACGUUAAUCGUUUAUAUCAGUUAUAUGGUCGACAUUUUUUACGUUGCUUUGAAAUGAAGUCAAUUUCGUGGGAACAUUUUGGAGCCGAUCAUAUAAUGUUUUUGAAUACCGCUCAACAUUUUUACGUAUGGAUUGGUCGCUCUAGCAGUAACAUAGAACGCCGCAACGCUAUUGAAUUGGCCAAUACACACCGUGCAAAUUCGGAGGACAUAACGAUUGUCGACGAUGGUUAUGAGCAAUCGAUGCCUGAAAAGCAGAAAAGAGAAUGGAAUUCGUUUUUACCAUUAAAUCAAAGGGUGGUAUGUCAGAGUUCAUCUAUGAUUGAGAAAACAGUUUGCAAUAAAAUGAAAAUCUACAAAUGUUGUUAUCGUAACAAUCGUUUGCAUUUGGAUCAGUUGGAUGUAGUCAUACCGACUAAGGACGAUCUGAACGAUUCAUCGACAGUUUUUGUUUUAGAUGGUAUUGCGCAAGGUGUAUGGUUGUGGGUGGGCAAUCAAGCACCGCAACAAGAGAAAACAAGUGCUUUGGGUAACGGUAGAGCAUUCGUGAAGAAGAAAAAAUAUCCUUAUAACACUCCUGUGAUUCGAGUGACCGAAGGCCAUGAACCGAUGGAAUUUAUGCGGCUCUUUCCUUCUUGGAAUUCAGAAUCGGGCGACUCACAAUUUUCUUUAAAACCUUCGCCUACAGUAUUGGGUAAAUUCGACUCGUUAACUCUAUGUCAACGACCGAAAAUGGCAGCCGACACUCAACUUAUUGACGACGGUACAGGCGAACGUAAAAUCUUUCGCAUUGUCAAGGACCAGGUCAUUGAAGUAACUGCAAACAAGACAACGGUAUUCGUUACAACUUCUUCAUAUGUCGUGCAGUAUUCUGUAGUGUGUAAUUCUAUGAACACUAGCGAUUCGGAGAGUGUAGGUGUCAAACAAGUAAUUUUCCAAUGGAAUGGAGUUGAGGCGCCUGCUGAUGUGACAAGUAAAGCUGAAAAGUUUGCCAAAAACCUUUUCGAAAAUGUGACUCAGAAGAAUAUGUUUGUGCAAAUGAAUGAAUUCGAUGAAACACCGCAUUUCUUACAAUUGUUCGAAGGGAAAUUAAUCAUUCUGCAUAACGAAAAGAAAGUCUUCCUUCAAGCUAACAACAGUAUCACUAACAACAAUAAUAUUAAUGUUCUCCAAAAUAUGCAAAAGACCGAUCAUUUCAUUUUAAAAAUUUUCGGUGAUGCUACCUAUAAUGCUAAAGCGAUCGAAGUUCUCCCCUUGAAUAAUCUAAAUUCGAAAGAUUGCUACGUAGUGCAAAGUGAACAUGUAUGGGUAUGGUGUGGUCAAAGUUCUACCGGUGAUGCCCGUGAAAUGGCAAAGAAAGUUGGCUCUGUAUUGGGGGAGAACUCUUUAGUAAUGGAAAAUAAAGAACCCAGAGAAUUUUGGCUUUCCGUCGGCAAUCUAAUGAGUCAAACUCUUAUCGUUAAUGGUUUGAAUAAUUGUAAUAGCGCCGCGAGCAAUGGCAGUGCAUCAAGUGGCUUAUCACCGCAAGGUAUAACUAAUGGUAGUUUAAGCGGGAUUGCGACAUCGAGUGGUAGUAUGCAGUACUUACAAACAACGCAUAAAUCACGUUGGCAGGCCCAACUCUUCUUAGUUUGGACACAGCGUGGUAAAUUUUUCAGUCAGGAAAUUAUGGGCUACGAACAAUCAGAUCUUUCGCCCGAAAGUGUCUACAUAUUGGACGCAGGUAUCUUGACGUACGUAUGGUUAGGAAAAUACGCAACCGCAUCCGAAAAAGAGAAAUACCUAAGUUUAGCCCAGCAUUACUUAGAAACUGUACCGAUGGCGCGUAGGCCUAAUUCGGCUGUAGCCAUUAUACGACAACAUGAGGAACCAAACAUAUUUAAAGGCUUUUUUGAUGGCUGGAAUUAUAAACAUUGGCAAAAUUAUGUUAAUUAUAUAAAUAAACGUCAGAUAAUGGCGGCAGUGUCAGCCGACAUGGAAACCCCUCUUACAAAUGGUUGUAAUGGCAGUAAUAUGUGCUUUAAUUCCAAGUUACCACCUGCUUUGCUAAAUAAUCAAAAAGAUUUCGACCGUCAUCAAAAAUAUCCGAUAACUAUAUUACAACAAGAAAUUGAAUUUUUGCCUCCAGAAAUAAAUCCACUAAAACGAGAGGUUCAUCUUACCCAUGAUGACUUUGUCUCUUUGUUUCAUAUGUCAUUCUGGGAGUUUGAUGAUUUGCCGGCUUGGAAGCAGCAGGAACUUAAAAAGAAGCAUAAGUUAUUUUAAUGGAACUUUGUAUGUAUUCGUUUUGUCUUUCUUCCCUUAACUUUUGUAAUGAUUACUGAGAUAACCGAACCAAAAAAAAAAAACCGAAGCACACGCACAAGUUAAAGGAAGAAUAAUUUUUACUUUCUUAGGUUCUCUUACACACAUCUGAUGUUUUCAAAAUCCAAAGUUGAUUUUUUGGAAUACUUUGUAACAUAUAAAAUGAAUUUGCACUUUAAAAAACAUAUAUAUUUUUAC